AUGCCAGAGGGCUAUGCUCCGAAUUUAGGAAAGAGGGCAGAUAUGAAUGAAGGAAAAUUGAUAGGUAUGAAAAGUCAUGAUUGUCAUGUGUUCAUGGAAACUUUAAUUCCUAUCGCUUUUAGCCAUCUACCCGAAAGGAUAUGGAAACCAAUCACAGAGAUAAGUCUUUUUUUUAAAGAUUUGUGUUCUGGAAAGUUGUUGGAGAGUAGUUUAGAUAGGAUGGAGGAAAAUAUUCUUGUCACUACUACUAAGUUGGAGAAGAUAUUUCCAUGUGGUUUUUUUGAUGUGAUGGAGCAUCUUCCAAUUCACCUUGUACAAGAGGCCCGCCUCGGAGGUCCGGUUCAAACAAGAUGGAUGUAUCCAUUUGAGAGAAAAAUUGGUAGUUCGAAGCAAACGAUUAAGCAAAGGGGAAGGAUCGAAGGAUCAUUUGUUCAAGGUCAUAUUGGGAGAGAAACAUGUGAUUUUUAUUCUUAUUACUUUGGUCAUGAUGUGUCAUGUAGGAGAAACAGGCCCAAUCGCAAUGAUGAAGGCGAUAUUGAUCCUUUAUUUCCACCAAUAUCAAUUUUUAAUCAAAAUGGUCGAGGAUCUAAAAAGCGUAGAAAGCGAGGCUUCACUGAUAUGGAAAUGCAAUCAGCUGUGACACAUAUUUUGCUUAAUUGUCCAGAGAUUCAAUCAUAUGUCAACUUGUUCGUAAACACAUGGGGUAAUGAAGCCAUCUAUACAGAAUUUUCCAAAUGGCUGAGGAACUAUGUUUACGAUGAAUACUCAAGUGUCCAACAUUUGCAAUUAGUGAAAGAAGUAGCCCUUGGACCUCAAUCUGAAAUGUCAUCAGGCGGUGACGGUGAUAGAUAUCGCGAGCAUCAUGGAGUUGGCCAGACUAAACAGGCUAAAAAGAAGAAGUCUAGGAGACCGAUAGAUCCUGAGGAUAUUGCAAGAUCUAUUUCUUCUGCGCCAGAGCGCAUCAGCCAUAAUACUCAUUUAUUUGCUGUUCCGUUUGGUACGGCGGAUCCUCGGCAAUAUUAUCCUAAUUAUCGUCGACCAGUCGGUGCUUCAUCUACUUCACAGGCAUUGCCUUCACGACGCUACGAGGACCUACCUUUACAGGCUAUUCGUCGAGCACGACCCUUAUCGGCAGGUACUCCAUCUCCCACAGGUACAUCUCCUCAGUUAUCUGCCAUGAGGCUUGGAGAUUCUAGUAGCGAGCAGUCAGAUGCUAUGGCCGGUACGCCUCCAUUGACUCAGCGUUUUGUGCAUCCUGAUGUAUCACCCUCGUCUACAGCUGCACCUAGUGCUACACCACAUGAUACGAUGUCUGCUCUAGCUCCUGGCCAGAAGGACAGACUUGGUAGAGUCAUGAUUGAGCCGGAUGGAUCAUCGUGGCAUCCUGCAAAGGAUGCUGCCCGGGCUUUAAAAGAGUGUGUUAGAAAACUCUAUACACAAGCUUAUCACUCUUGGAGCGAGAUUCCAAACAGUAUACGCCAGGCGAUGUUUAAUAACUUUAAGACUAUGUGUACUUGGGAGUCGAGGUACAAUUUGGUCAUUGGGACCACAUUUGAGAGGAAGGCAUCCACCAGACUGUCUAACUGGCUAAAGAGCGUUCGGGAUAGUGGUGAACGUCCCGGUUGGAUGUUGCCUCAUGUUUUUGCUGAAUUGGGUCAGUAUUGGAAAACAGACAAGUUUAAGGCAAUAUCAGAUCAAGCCAAAAUGGCUAGAGGCAGUCUUAAAGGUGGCUCGUUGCACACCGGAGGUGCAAAGACGGUUGGAACAAUUGCACGAGAGAUGGAAAAAGAAUUGGGACGCACUCCCAUUGAACCAGAGGUUUUCAAAAAGACUCAUGUCAGGAAGAAAGAAAAUGAGUCAGAUCCGGAUGUGUGGGUGGAGGAAAGGGCCGAACGAACUUUUAAUGACUUUCAUAAGUACGUCGCUGAGAAUCUAGAUAGUUCGGUUCAAUUGACACCUGAACUGUCCACUCAGAUUUGGAAAGAAAAAGUGGUAGGGGGGACACACAAGGGUAGAUGCUAUGGUCUAGGCUCUCGCAACGAUGUUAGACGCCUUCAGUCAGGCUUAGAAGGUAUUGGAUCAUCACGUCAAGCUGAGGCACUUGACGGUGUUCAGAUUGCUGCUAUGUCGGAUCAAAUAACUAAACUUACAGCGGCACUAGCAGAGUCGGAGCGGAAAAGAGUAGCUGAACAACAAAGCAUGAGUGAGACAGUUCAGCAAAUCAAAGAACAAGUGAUGAACCUCGCUCGUCGACCUACUACUUCGGCUCCUGAUGACACCGAUGACACCGACGACGAGAGUGAUGAGGAUGAUUAUGUGGGCAGCAGAAGCUGA